CCCCAUUACUCAUUCCAAAUCUAUCCCAGCCCCCUCGCGCGCCGCUCAUUCUUCCCCUCCCCGACGUUCACGUUCUCUCUCGGUGCUCUCUCUCUCUGCCAGUGCUAGUAGUUAGGAAGAUGAGGUAAAUUCUGGAUUCCAAUUGUGCUAUAACUGGCGGCUGAGAGACGAAUUCAACAUACGUCUUGUUUGCGAUACUGAAUAUUAUCAAAUGGGUAGGCUAGGGUCUACUGUGGAAAUUCCUGAAAGAAGACAUCGAUCCGAUCGAGAAAACGGCAGCCAUCGUUACUCGCCGGACUCCGAUGCUUCCGGUGGGGAUUACCGACGACGUCGUAGCCCUAGCUAUGAAAGUUAUGAUCGCUACAGCCAUCGUCGUCGAUCUGUAUCGCCUGGCUACCAGGACAUUAGGCGGAGCCCUAGGGCUGAUGGAGACCAAAACGGUCUGCCCAAGAGAUUUGGGCGCGCAGGAGGCCGGGCGUAUCUGGAUAGAAACGGGAGGGCGUCUGAAGAGUCCGAUUCGGAUGAGGAGCUGAAAGGGUUGAACUAUGAAGACUAUCGGAGGAUGAAGAGGCAGAAGCUCCGGAAGACAUUGAAGCAUUGUAUUUGGAGAGUGACCCCUAGCCCACCGAGGAAUGGGAACGAAGAUUAUGAGGAUAAAGAUGACGAGAUUUUGGAGAAAUAUGGCAACGAUGACGGUGGAGAUAUAAGUGGCUUGAGUGAGAAAAAGCAACAUGAAAAAAAAUAUGCAUCUGAUAAAACUAAGAAUUCUGACUCUGACUCUGAUUCUGAAUUAUCUGAUACAAAAUUGAAAGGGAGGAAAUUGAAGAGUUCUGGUUCCAGGCGUAGAAGUAGAAAAUUGUCUCUUAGCGACUCUGAGUCGGGCAGUGAUACCGAGAGUGAGAGUGAAAGUGAAUCAGAGGAAGAAAGUCGGAAGAGAAGAAAGAAAUCGAUGAAUAGGAGGAAUAGAAAACAUAAGAGUAUCAGGAGCAGUAAGAAGAAGAAGAGUAGGUACAGUGAUAUGGAGGACAGCGAAGAAAGCGAGACAGAUGAUUCUGAUGCCAGUGGCCAUGUUAAGUCAAGAAAAAGGAGUCAUAGAAAGAGGUCCAAGAAUGGUAGGAAGAGGAGGUACAGUGAUUCAGAUGAGAGUGAGAACAGUGAAGCUGAAAAAUUGAGGAAGCGAAAGAGCUCAUUGACUUCGACAAAAUCCAGGAGCAAGAAAAACAGACAGUCAGAAACGGAGAGCAAGGGUUCCUCUUCCGAGGAGAAUUCUGAUUCUGAAGACGUUGAUGCUAAGAGUAAAUUAAAGAUCGACGGAGAUAAAAUGGCUGAGAUUAACGCUGAAGCUUUGAAGAUUAAGGAAAUUUUGGAGGCACAAAAGAAACCUGCAUUUGAUAAUGAGAUGCCAGUUGGACCAAUGCCACUGCCUAGAGCUGAGGGACAUAUUAGCUAUGGUGGUGCUCUUAGGCCCGGAGAAGGUGACGCCAUUGCACAGUAUGUUCAACAAGGGAAGCGUAUUCCCCGGCGUGGUGAAGUGGGUCUUUCAGCUGAGGAAAUCCAGAACUUCGAGACUCUUGGCUAUGUGAUGAGCGGUAGCAGGCAUCAGAGAAUGAAUGCAAUCCGUAUUAGAAAAGAAAACCAAGUUUACAGUGCUGAAGAUAAAAGAGCCCUUGCAAUGUAUAACUACGAAGAAAAAGCAAAACGCGAGCGGAAGGUGAUGGAUGAUCUUCAGCGGCUUGUUCAGCGCCAUAUAGGUCAUGAUGUUGGCCCUUCACAUGAUCCUUUUGCUGCAUAAACUCAUCUGGUACCGUACUUAGAUGUUGAUGUACUCAAUUCUUUAGGCAGGAAGAAAAUGUGUCAUGCAAGGAUAUGUGAAUCACUGCUAAGUAUUGGUUAUCCCUUUUAGUUUGCCUAUCAAACAAGCUUUAAGCAAAUAUGUUUUGGCUUUGACAUGUGUUGCUGAAAUCCUCUUAUCGUAUUAUCUUUCUCCAUCUUAAAAGGUUGUAUUUAUAAAUGAGUUUGGUGGUUCAUCUUUGCAAG